UCUCAAAGUUAAUCUUCUGUUUUGUUUACGGUAGCAUGAAAGCAACGUUCGCCGCUCACACGAUGGACGCCACAAAUUCCGUAUCAAAGGGUGUGUUUGUGUUUAAAAAUGGAACAACACGUGCGAAAGGACGCAAAAAAGUGCAACCAGCCAAUAGCUUACUGGACGCCGACACAAACAGCCAGCUAUGGUUUCAAGUGUACAAAAAACACUGGGAUCGAUUGCAAAAUAUGAUUAUAAAGCUUCAAACAAGCAGCUACAGCAAGAUCAUUGGUAACCUGCUGAAGUUCAUUGAAGGAUGCCAGAAGUCGCUGCAAUACGAAGGUUGUCUGCCUACCGCCGCGCUGCUGACUGGCUUCAAUCAAAACGACCAUUUGUCCCAGUUCGAAAAGCUGGCGGAAGACAUCCAAAACAACACCUUCUCGAUAGUGGUAUUGCUGCCGGCGCGAGAUGGAACAAACCUGAAGCAAGCCGUCGAAACGAUCGUUGAGAAGUGCGUCGAGAGCCAGUCGAGCGAUAGGAGCGUGGAAAAGCGCUUCCGUAAAAACCAGCUCAAUCUGGACGUGUUGCAGGCAUGGUACCUUGAAACCCAUGGCAAACGUGAUGCAAAACCCAAUCUUAUCCUUAUUGUGCCAGACUUUGAGCUGUUCAAUACAGCCGUUCUGCAAGAUUUGAUCAUUAUUCUAGACUCGUACGCCACACAGCUCCCCUUUGUGCUGGUGUUUGGGGUAGCUACCGAUAUUUCAACCAUCCACAGUGUGCUGCCGUAUCACGUGACAAGCAAAAUUAAGAUUUCCGUUUUCCAAUCCGAACCAUCCACUACCAACCUAAACAACAUUCUGGACGAAGUUCUGCUCACGCCCUACUGCCCGUUCCAUCUUUCGAGCAAAGUGUUCAAGUUGCUGGUGGAUAUUUUUUUGUUUUACGAUUUUUCCGUUAACGGAUUCAUCCAAGGCUUCAAGUACGCCCUGAUGGACCAUUACUAUCAAAAGUCGAUCAAUGCAUUGAGCGCGGUGAUCGACGACGAGAGCGAGCUGAAUGCAAUCAUCCACGUACUGUCGUCAUCGGAAUUGGAGCAAAUACGGCAGUUGCCAUCGUUUCGUACUUACGUGGAGUCGCUGAAAAACCCGCAGGAGGUCAUAGAUCUGCUUACGGACGACGAUUACCUGAAGCGAUCAUUAACGCCACUGAUAAUGCAGGUGCACAACUAUUGGUUUACCUUCCACUGUGCACUGCACAUACUGCAAACGUUGGUCGGCGACCUUCCGAAGGCACCGUUGGGAAAACGAAUUCGCGAACUGUACUGUCGGUGUGUUGCUGCGGACGUGACCGCCCUGCCCGAAUUCAAAGAGUGCAUCCAAUUGCUGUCGUUUCUGUCGAAGGAAGAAAUGCUGCAGAAGAUCCAGCAGGUGCUGUACGUCGUGCUGGCGUGGGUAGAACGAAACGACCAGCUAAGCAUCGAAGGUUGUUUGGUGUACGAUGUAGCACCGGUGGAAGUAAUGGCAAACGAGCUGGUUGGCUUAUCUGACCAGCUAGUAGAGGCCAGGCACGAACCAAUCGUAGCCGAGACACAGGAGGACAAAUCUACUUUUCUCGCACCUCACAUGGGACGGCAAGAGUUGCGUGAAAAGUUGCUUACGGCAGCGAAACAUUCCAAGAGCGAGUCUGCUGUCAGCCAAGCGAUUGAAAACAUAAUGGAUUAUUUCGUAAAACGUAUCUUCCGCCGAUACCUGCGUCCGGCAACAAGCGAAACAGUGCCUUUGGUGGAACUGUUUAUUUACAAGGAUAGUACCUACCUUCGGCAGCACAUCGUUGGCGCUCCUAGGGCGGCCAUUCACAUCGCACUGAACAAUCCGCAACACUACAUGCAGUGUGAAUGCUGCACGCUGGACGAAUCGUCCUGCAUUGUUCCUUCGCUGCCGGAUCUCUCGAUAGCCUACAAACUGCAUUUGGAGUGUGGCCGUAUGAUAAAUCUUUUCGAUUGGCUGCAAGCGUUCCGUACGAUUCUCGACGAUGAUAGCAGGAACGAUGGGUCGGAGCAACAAGUGGAUCCAAUCAUUCAGGCUCGUUUCACUAGGGUAGUGGCAGAGAUGCAGUUUCUAGGUUUCAUUAAAACGUCCAAAACUAAAACCGAUCAUGUUACAAGGCUUACGUGGUGAAACAAGCGAAAUGAAAAUGUUGAACAACACAUAAGGUUGCAACCGGUGUACCAGCCGGUGUACGUAUCGCAUAAAAUUGUUGUUCGCGAUCAUCUAUUCAAUUACAUGUUGGGGCUCUCGGUCAUCAAAGACUAUUUUAAGUACGAUGUGUGUGUUAGAGUGUAUGUAAAAGUAAAGGUUAUUAUUGAACAAAGAAAUCAAAA